UGCCAGCCGGAACUGCGCUAUCCCGCCGCUUAUCGAUGUGACCUCCGACCUCCUCUUCAGACUUGCACAGGUGUACCGGCUCCUCCCCUUCAGUCUUGCACAGGUGUAUCGGCUCCUCCCCUUCAGUCUUGCACAGGUGUAUCGGCUCCUCCCCUCCAGUCUUGCACAGGUGUACUGGCUCCUCCCCUCCAGUCUUGCACAGGUGUAACGGCUCCUCCCCUUCAGUCUUGCACAGGGGUACCGGCUCCUCCCCUUCAGUCCUGCACAGGGGUACCGGCUCCUCCCUUUCAGUCUUGCACAGGGGUACCGGCUCCUCCCCUUCAGUCCUGCACAGGUGUACCGGCUCCUCCUCUUCAGUCUUGCACAGGUGUACCGGCUCCCCCCUUCAGUCUUGCACAGGCUCCUCCCCUCCAGUCUUGCACAGGUGUACCGACUCCUCCCCUUGACUCCUGCACAGGUGUACCGGCUCCUCCCCUUCAGUCUUGCACAGGUGUACCGGCUCCUCCCCUUCAGUCUUGCACAGGUGUACCGGCUCCUCCCCUCCAGUCUUGCACAGGUGUACUGGCUCCUCCCCUCCAGUCUUGCACAGGAAAUGCUUCCUCCUGCCUGCAGCAGACUGAUGACAUCAUCUCA